AUGGCUCCAUCUUCGCCUAUGCUGUCAGGGGCUCUACAGAAUCAGGCUCUGAGAGAUGCAUCGUAUGCUUCCCCGAUGUCACCUUACCAGCAACCUAUGGCUCCAUCUUCGCCUAUGCUGUCAGGGGCCCUACAGAACCAGGCUCUGAUGGAUGCAUCAUUUGUUUCCCCAAUGUCACCUUACCAGCAACCUAUGGCUCCAUCUUCACCCAUGCUCUCAGGGGCCCUACAGAAUCAGGCUCUGAGAGAUGCAUCAUUUGUUUCCCCCAUGUCACCUUACCAGCAACCUAUGGCUCCAUCUUCGCCUAUGCUGUCAGGGGCCCUACAGAAUCAGGCUCUGAGAGAUGCAUCAUUUGUUUCCCCAAUGUCACCUUACCAGCAACCUAUGGCUCCAUCUUCACCCAUGCUCUCAGGGGCCCUACAGAACCAGGCUCUGAUGAAUGCAUCAUUUGUUUCCCCAAUGUCACCUUACCAGCAACCUAUGGCUCCAUCUUCGCCUAUGCUGUCAGGGGCCCUACAGAAUCAGGCCAUACGAGGAGCGUCUUUUGCGUCUCCUCUUCAGAGGCCUAUAUCACCAUAUGCCUCAGUGCCUUCAUCCCCAAUGCUUUCUGGAGCCAUGAGACAUGGACAGGCAUUAAGAGGAGUGUCUUCUUAUCAAAUUUCUGGCAUGCAGUCACCCUACGGACCCACGCCAAAGAGCCCAAACCUGUCGGCAGCUCUCAACAACCCUUACCUCAGAGGUGCCUCGUACACUCUGCCCGACGGAACCAUCAUCAUUGACCCACGGAAGCCUGUUUCACCCAACCUGUCUGCCGCGCUGCAGAACUCCGCUCUUCGCAACGCCUCAUAUUCUCUCCCAGAGGGUGUCAAGGAUCCCAAUGUCCCUGUGUCACCAAACCUGGCUAAGGCCCUCAACAACCCAGCCUUGCGAGGAGCAACUUACCAACUUUCAGAUGGCACCUACAUUGUUGAUCCAAACAAACCCAAAACACCAAACCUGAGAGCUGCUCUGCAGAACCCUUACCUUAAAAGUGCUUCCUACACCCUGCCAGACGGAACCAUCAUCAUAGACCCACGCAAACCUGUGGGACCUAACCUUUCUAAUGCUCUCCUCAAUGAGCAGAUGCGUAAAGCAAGGUACAAUGUUCCAGAUGGGACUCUGCAUAUCCCCGGUCAGAAGCCCAACCUGUCAUUCGCCCUUCGUCAGAACCGGCCGCUCCGAUCCACUGGCCUGUAUCAGCUGUCAGACUCCUCCAUUCUGUCAGGGAUCCCCAACCCUAUCCCUCCCAACCUCUCCAAAGCCCUGCAGGCGGACGGCAUGCGUGGCAUCAAGUUCAGGUUAGCAGACGAUUCCCUUCUCACACGUCGCUUCCACAAUCCCAAUUUGUCUGACGCCAUUGCUAACCAGCAGCUACGUUACGCCUCAUACCGAGUGCCAACGGCCUUGUACGGGGAGGACAAUCAAUACGCAGUGGUACCCCCCUACGGGCCACGUUCUGGCCACUGGGCCCGGAAUGCUCGAGGUGGAGGGGAGGGAGGGGAGGACGUGUGGGCGGCCGAGAGGGUCCUGCCACACGGGACACUUCAGAAUCUGUCUAAGUGGUCUAUGUACCGAGAUGCGGGUAUUUUAGACGGCUACACCCCCACGCUCAGGGCCGACGGAGCCCCUGAAGACGCAGAAUGGGCCCCAGAGAGAGAGAAGAUGCCCGGUAAAAGCUGGUAUGACAAGAUUUACUCCAUCCUAACCAUGACCACAAUUGGUCACAGACCAAAGCGCUGGGCUGAGGGGAUGGAGGACAUGACACAGCUACCGGAGCUGAAUGACACCACUGUGCUCAUGAAUCUGAAGAAGCGCUUUGACCGGGAGCUUAUAUAUACAUACAUCGGCAGCAUCCUCAUCUCUGUGAAUCCUUACAAGCUCAUCAACAUGUACGGCACAGACAUAGUGCUGCUGUACGAGGGCCGUGGGCUGUGCGACAACCCUCCCCAUAUUUUUGCCAUUGCUAACUUAUCAUAUUCUACCAUGAUGGAUGCCAAAAGGGACCAGUGUAUUGUAAUCAGCGGAGAAAGUGGCUCAGGAAAGACAGAGGCGACCAAACUUAUCCUGCGUUACUUGACAGCCAUUCACCACAAACGCAACGUGACACAACAGAUCCUAGAGGCGACACCCCUGUUGGAGUCAUUUGGAAAUGCCAAAACGGUGCGCAAUGACAACUCUUCGCGUUUUGGAAAAUAUACUCAGCUCUACAUGGACGAGGGUGUGAUCAGCGGUGCCAUAACGUCCCAGUACCUGCUGGAAAAGUCCCGCAUAGUCUUUCAAGCCAAAUCAGAGAGGAAUUACCACAUCUUCUAUGAAAUGUUGGCUGGCCUCCCCCCUGAAGAAAAGAUCCCACUUUACUUGCAGGAGGCAGAGACAUACUACUAUCUCAACCAGGGUGGAGACUGCUCCAUCAAGGGAAAGGACGAUGCAGAAGACUUCAGGCGUCUCUUGGGCGCUAUGGACAUCCUGUGCUUCACGCCUGACGAGCAAACCGCUAUCUACAGGAUGUUGUCCUCUGUCCUUCACCUGGGGAACGUGUUCUUCCAGCCACACCAGGUGGAGGGGCAGGAGGUGGCCUCAGUGGUCAGUGCACAGGAAAUAAGGGUCAUAGCUGAGCUUCUGCAAGUCUCUCCAGAAGCUCUGCAGAAGUCUGUGACCUUCAAAAUGACAGAUGCUGUACGGGAGAAGAUCUACACUCCUCUGACCGUGGAGAGUGCUGUUGAUGCCAGGGACGCAGUUGCCAAGAUCCUGUAUUCUCUGCUUUUCGGUUGGCUGACGGAGCGCAUCAACGGACGGGUUUACCCUCGCCAUGAGGCCCUGUCUAUCUCCAUAUUGGACAUCUAUGGAUUUGAGGAACUACAGCUGAACAGCUUUGAGCAGCUCUGCAUCAAUUACGCAAAUGAAUCGCUGCAGUCUUUUUUUGUUAAGGUCAUCUUCCAAGAGGAACAGGAGGAGUACAUGAGAGAGCAGAUACAGUGGCAGCAGCAGCCCUUCACUCAGAACCAGGAAUGUAUGGACCUCAUUUCUGCCAAGCCCCAUGGCAUAUUGCGCAUUCUGGACGACCAGUGUGGCUUCCCACAGGCCACAGAUCACACCUUCCUACAAAAGUGCCACUAUCACCACAGUAACAGCCCGCUCUACGCCAGACCAAAGAUGCCAUUGCCGGAGUUCACCAUCAAGCACUACGCAGGGAAAGUCACAUACCAGGUCCACCACUUUCUGGACAAGAACUUCGACAUGGUGCGUCAGGACGUGCUGGACCUCUUCAUCCAGAGCAAGAACAAACUCGUGUCCAGUCUGUUCCUGAGGCACUCGGAGUCCCUAUCUCUGCAGAAGACUGCCCACCGCACAAGCUCUGUGCGCCGUUAUCAGGCCAACACAGUCAGCGCCAAGUUCCAGAACAGCCUCCAGGAGCUCAUUGAGAAGAUGGAGAGGUGUAACCCUUAUUUUGUGCGCUGCAUCAAACCAAACCAUCGUAAGGAGCCCUCUGUGUUCGACAUGGAGCUGGUCAGCUCACAGCUGCGGUAUUCGGGGAUCAUGGAGACAAUCCAAAUCAGGAAGGACGGAUACCCCUACAGACUGGAUUUUCACAGCUUUCUGGUCAGGUACAAAGCUCUACUGUGUCUGGUGGAGCCGCCUCCCCCUGAUGGAGACAACUGUGUCCAGAUGCUGCGCAGACUGGCUCUGAUCAAGACGGGCUCGUACCAAGUGGGAGUCAGCAAGCCCUAUUCCUCCUCCCCACGGGGCCCUGAGCUGGACAGCCUGGCUGCUCCGAGACAGAGGAAAUGA